AUGGCUCUCGACCUACAGAAGCUCCGCAUAGUCUGUGUAUCCGACACGCACAACCACGCCCCGGGCCAAGGGUAUACACUUCCAGCUGGCGAUGUGCUUAUUCACGCUGGCGAUCUCACGAACCAAGGGAGUCUGGCUGAACUGGAGAACGCAUUCGAGUGGUUGGCAAAAGCCGAUUUCGCUUACAAGAUCGUCGUAGCAGGAAAUCAUGACCUGAGUCUUGACGAAGACUACAACCUGAAAUACGACAGUGGGUGGCGAGUACAAGCCGAGAACUUCGAACAGUGCAGAGCAUUGCUGGCGUCACAUCCGAAUAUACACUACCUCGAGCACGCCGCUUCUACAAUUGGGCUACUGAAGAAGAACGUCUCACUCAACGUCUUCGCAUCGCCACAGUCACCGGAUCGUGGCCAUCAGAACUGGGCUUUCCAAUAUCCUGCUCAAGCGGCGGACUUGUUAUGGGAUGCCAUACCGUCCGGCACGGACAUCCUGAUCACGCACACCCCACCUUCUGGCCACUGCGACACGAGCACACACUGGCAGGAAGGAGGCUGUCCGGCUCUCAAGCGACGUCUCCGGCAUGUCCGGCCCGCGUUGCAUAUCUGCGGGCAUUGUCAUGAGGGUCGUAGAGCGGAGGUUGUGCGUUGGGGUGAGGACGAUGGGGAGGGUGAGGUGGUUUGGAGAUGGGAGGAUCCUGGCCAAGGCAGUAAGAAGCAGUCGCUACUUGAUCUUACUGGCUUACGUGGAGGCUGGAAGCUGAAGCGUGGACACGAGACGGCGAUUGUGAACGCUAGUGUCAUGGCGAGGAGUCAUGGGCGAGGUGGUGUGGCGUUCAACAAGCCUGUCGUUGUUGACAUUUUGCUUCCUACAAGGUCAAAUGUAGAUACAUCGUAA